CACUGUUCGUUGUAGCCUCCAUCCUGGGUCACAGUCAUUCCUUGAUCCUACAUAAACGCCAUCAUGCCUCUCGUUGUCGUCCCAGCAACAGAAGCAGACCUCCCUCGCUCCUUUGCCAUAGAAAGACGAGCCUAUGGCCCCAACAAGACCAGCCCGAUCCUGUUCCCGGGAGAGGGCCUCAGCCUCGAGGACCGCGUCGCCCAGAUGUCGGCGCGCAAGAGAGAUGAUCCAGCCUGUCAGUGGAUCAAGGUUGUCGAUGUAGACUUGGAAGCCAAGGGCGAGGAGAGCAUGAUUGCCUUUUCGCAGUGGUUCGUCUACUCGGACGGCGUCAAGCCCAGCCUGCCCAAGAGGUCGUGGGGUGCAGGUACCAACCCCGAGGCUUGUGACGCCUUUUUCGGGGAGAUGGAUCGCAGGUGGUGGGAUCGCUUUGAGGGAAAGUCUCACCUCUACCUCAAGCUCCUCCACACUGACCCGGACCAUCAAAGACGCGGCGCCGGCAGCUUGUGUCUCCAAUGGGGCACCGCCGAGGCCGACAGGCUGGGCCUCGUCUCGUAUCUCGAGGCUUCUGAGGAGGGCCGGCCGCUGUAUGAAAAGUUUGGCUUCAAGGAGGUAGGCCGGGUUGUUGUUGACUUGUCGAAAUGGGGCGGCACGGAGCCUGCAACGGCAUAUCUGAUGGUUCGCGAGCCGCUGCUCAAUUAA